AGUCUUAUCAGAUAUUUUCGUCAGAAGCGGUUGUGUGUUGCCCGAUUUGUGGACUUUUAAACUCCCAAAACAUUCAAAGCUUAACGCUCAUAGUGUAUUAUCGCCAUGCUAAACAGUCCGACGCCAGUCAAAAAAGUGCCCAUACAUCUACAAAGCGCGCAGAAUCGUGUAUAUAUAAAAAAUGGCCAAGUUGUCAACCACGAUAAGUCUUUUAAAGCGGAUGUUUAUAUAGAGGAUGGCAAAAUCAAAUUCGUGGGAUCCGCUGCUGACAUUACGAUACCAGGCGGAGUGCAUACAAUCGAUGCUAGCGGAAAGCUGAUAAUACCAGGUGGCAUUGAUCCCCAUACGCAUAUGCAACUUCCUUUUGGCAAUGCGGUGGCCGUCGAUGAUUUCUAUCAUGGAACCAAAGCGGCGGUAGCUGGUGGCACGACAAUGAUAAUCGACUUUGUAUUGCCCAACAAAAACGAGUCCAUGAUCGAGGCUUAUGACAAGUGGCGCAGCUGGGCUGAUCCCAAGGUUUGCUGUGACUACGGCCUUCACGUGGGAAUAACUUGGUGGUCAAAAUCGGUAGCUGAGGAAAUCGGCAUACUCUGCAAAGAGUUGGGUAUCAAUUCAUUUAAGACCUUUAUGGCCUACAAGGGACUUUACCAGCUGAACGACUCGGAUCUCUUGGAUGUUUUUGAGCGCAUUAGAAGCUUGAAUGCCGUAGCUAUGGUGCAUGCUGAAAAUGGUGAUAUUAUUGCCAAGAACGCAAAACGCUUGCUAGCCCAGGGCGUAACUGGACCCGAGGGGCACGAGUUGUCGAGGCAGGAGGAAGUUGAGGCUGAGGCCGUUCAUCGUGCUUGCAUUUUGGCUCAUCAGGUCGAUUGUCCACUUUAUGUGGUCCACGUGAUGAGCAAAUCGGCUGGCAUUGAGAUAGCUCGCGCUCGUCAACGCUAUAGUAAGAAAUAUAUAUUUGGGGAGACCUUAGCGGCAGCUCUCGGUACAGAUGGCACCCACUAUCGCUGCCAGCAUUUCGAUCAUGCGGCGGCUCAUGUGCUGAGUCCGCCUCUAAGACCCGACAAGACAACUCCCGAAUUCCUGAUGAAGCUGCUAGCCAACGAUGAUCUUCAGACAACCGGCAGUGAUAAUUGCACCUUUAACAAGAAACAAAAGGAACUCGGCUUGGGAGACUUUACCAAAAUACCAAAUGGUGUAAAUGGUGUUGAGGAUCGCAUGUCCCUGGUGUGGGAAAGGGGUGUACAUUCAGGUCUCUUGGAUCCGUGCAGAUUCGUGGCCAUAUCCAGCACAAAUGCCGCCAAAAUAUUUAACAUUUAUCCACAAAAGGGAAGAAUAUCCGUCGGCUCGGAUGCCGACAUUGUUAUCUGGGAUCCGCAAGCUACACGCACCAUUUCAAAGGAUACCCAUCAUCAUGCAUGCGAUUUCAAUAUUUUUGAGGGCAUGACUGUUCAUGGUGUCCCGGAGUAUGUGCUGGUGCGUGGACGCAUCUGCGCCGAAAAUGGAUCAAUUCGUGUUGCAGAGGGUUUCGGACGAUUCAUACCCACACCCCUGCGUCCGCCGUUUGUUUAUGACAGGAUUGAGAGCAAGGAAGAGCCAAGGGACCAGCCCGUGGAGCCAAACAACAAUGCGACCAAAAAGCUAGCCGAACUGGAUUCGUACAUCAGCGCACAAGAGCCACCGACUGCUAUCUUCUCUGGUAACCCAAUACCCAUGUCGCCAGAGGCAGCUCGAAACGACACUCCAAGUGGGCGCGGACGCGUUGAUGGCAAACGGGAUCAACAGGAAUCAUCCUUUUCAAUAAGCGAGGAACUGGAUACAUCGGGCGUACGCUCAUCCAUCAAAGUAAACAAUCCACCAGGCGGUAAAUCUACGGGUUUUUGGUAAUUGAAAUUAUGAAUGUCACAAAAUAGAAAACUUAAGAUAAAUUCUUGUA